AAACUAAACAAGAGAUACCUAGCUCUGUAAUACGAUCAGUAUAUAUACUUAGGUGUUUUAAAAUCGAGCCGCAUUUAGUAUAUACUGCCCCAGAAACAAGCUACAGUUAAUAGAUUCGAAAUGGAUUCCGGUGAAAAGGUGAAGCGGUUUUUAAGCUUUCUGAUAGGAUCCGUGUUGAUGGACUUUUUAAUUGGUGGAAUUGACUUAUAUUGUAUAACAUUGAUUGGGCAGAGUAAAGACUUGAUGGUCCUUGGUGCUCACGAUGAUGGCUACCCACGAUACGCAAUUCUGUCUCAAUACGUUGUUGGAAUAAAUGUGAUUGCAAUUAGGGGUAAGAUUGGGGGUGCUGCCAUCUAUAUGGUCAAAAUCAGGAAGUUUGAUAUGCUUCCAUUGCUGGUUAUGAACACAUUGAUGAUUCUAUUUCAUGACGUAGGAAUCGGACUAUUUUACUGGGACUAUAUUUCCAUAAUCGGUAAUGGGCCAUCUAUGCACACUUCACAUAUGUGCAUCCUUCCACGCAGCGUAGAACUCAUGUUCAACACGCUCAAGUUAGGAUACCUAUUCUGGUCGCUUCGUUCUUAUUCAGACUAUGAUCCUGUCAACCAGAAUCCUGCCAUCCUUAAUGUGGUUCCAGAUACGAGUCAGUGCCCAGACACCACAUUGCCACAAUGUGAUACAAUGAAUGAGGUUGACACAAUGCCAAAUCCAGAUAAAUCAAUGGUCAAAUCACUCACUCCAAUGGGUAAAACUGAUCCAAAACAAAGCAAAAUGGCUCCAUGUAAAACAAAACCUAAUCAUUGGUCAUUGUUUGCAGUUAGCGUCCUAGGUUACAUUGGCACAAUCGUUAUUCUCGCAUUGAUAGCCCCAACACCUAAAGCUCUGACAUAUAAAGAAGAAUAUCCCCCAAACUUCAACAAAGUCGAAGUAUAUAUGGCAAGACCUGGGAUCCUGGAGGAUAAACUCAAUGAUGCAACAAUUGGAAAAUAUGACACAUACACAUAUGUUGUCCCUGCAGAGAGUGUCAUGAAAGUGACAAACCUAAGUGACAUCAUGAAGAGUAAAACAAAGGGGAAAAUCACUAAGAAAUACUAUGACGAUGAUGAUGGCACGGUAACAUAUAAAACAUUCACCACAAAAUGUCUGAACACUCACCAUGGUUAUCAUAACACAACAAAGCAACUAGGAGGAAAAUGGUGCUCGAAGUGCAAAUCUGAUUUGGAGUUCAUGUUUCGAUUCUAUGAUCCAGUACAUGACAUGGCUCCCCAUGGUAGGUUGGAUUAUAACAUGCGCACCUUCAUAAAUGGAUCCAAUAACAUGGAAUACCUGAACCUAAGGAAGUUUGGAUAUGAUCUCUAUCUGUUCAUACCAUCUCCUGCAGGAAAAGAGGUAUCUCCCCCAGGAGACAUCUUGCUCAAUAAUCCAUGGUCAGGGAGAUUUCUGAAGAGACUGAACUAUAAAAUGUUUAAGAAAUGUGGAAUAUCUUCGGCAGCCUCCCUUCAAAAAUGGCCUUUCGUGUAUAUCUUCAUAUAUAUCAUGUUUUUCAGAUAGCAAUUUUACCAUGGACAACAAAUGAUCACAACUAUGAUGCUAUGAGUCAUGUGUCUCUGAAUUGUAAAGGCAAUUGAUUUUGUUUUGCUUCUUUUAUCAUGUUUCCUUUUUCAUUAACAGAAAGAAUUUCAAAAAUGUUUGAGUUUUAUCCAUAAAUAAAAGUGAAUUUUCACUGAAAUAGAUUGUAACAUGGAGGCCAUCGAGACAACAUUUUUUAAUCAAUGUCUUAACUUGAAUCAUAAAUGUGUCUUAAAUAUACUCCAGUAAAAAUUUAUUCAGAUUCCAAAAGUUACAAUAGGGUUGCAUCAUGUGGGACCCUGGCUUUAAAGUAAGCGUUUUGCUACAUGUAAACCCAUUUCAAUAUACAAAGAUGCUUGAACAUUGCAGGUAUUUUAGCUAAACUAAUAUUUUACAUACCUUUAACAGAUCUGCUUCAGUAGUAAAUCCCAGUCCAUAAACUGUGUUAGCCCUGGGAUCUGACCAUUGCCCAAACUUCUGAGAUGUCUUGGUAAACGUCAUGUUUGGAGUUAUUGUACUAUUUAUCACAGCCU